GCAAACGAGCAGCAUCACCAUUCACUGCGCAUUCGCUUUAGCAGAGCUGGGUUUAAUUCUGUAUACCUCACCACCGAGAAUAUUCUAACUUAGUUAACUGUGAAGAUCUUAUUCGGAAAGUCGAAGAAGAAGUGUUGUCAAUACUCCCGAAAAACUCUCCAACGGAUUACUGUUAAAUAAAUGGCGGUUUCGGCUAUCAACAUGACACCCUACUUUGCUGGAUAUCCCUUCCAAGGACAAGGUCGCGUAAACCAACUUGGCGGCGUCUUCAUCAAUGGUCGCCCACUACCUAACCACAUUCGGCGCCAAAUUGUUGAGAUGGCAGCCGCUGGGGUUCGUCCGUGCGUGAUUUCCCGGCAGCUACGUGUCUCCCACGGGUGCGUCUCGAAGAUUUUGAACCGCUUCCAGGAGACCGGCUCUAUUCGCCCAGGAGUGAUAGGCGGCAGCAAGCCCCGUGUGGCCACACCCGACAUUGAGUCCAGGAUUGAGGAACUAAAACAGGCGCAACCUGGAAUCUUCAGCUGGGAGAUUCGUGCCAAGCUUAUCGAAGCCGGAGUGUGUGACAAGCAAAACGCUCCAUCCGUGAGCUCCAUUUCGCGCCUUCUGCGUGGAUCCUCCGGACCAGGAACCUCACACAGCAUUGACGGCAUCCUCGGCGGUGGAGCUGGAUCAGCGGGAAGCGAGGAUGAGAGCGAGGACGACGCCGAACCCAGUGUGCAGCUGAAGAGGAAGCAAAGGCGGUCCCGUACCACCUUCUCCAACGACCAGAUUGAUGCCUUGGAGCGUAUCUUCUCUCGCACUCAGUAUCCUGACGUUUACACCCGAGAAGAGCUGGCCCAAAGCACAGGAUUGACUGAGGCACGCGUCCAAGUCUGGUUCUCUAACCGCCGUGCUCGUCUACGCAAGCAGCUUAACACCCAGCAGGUGCCUAGCUUUGCUCCUACAGCCGCAUCCUACGGAGCUACUGCCACGGCCAGCUCCGCCCCUGCUCACAAUAUGGGAAUGGGCCUGUACAGUUCCCAGUCUUGGCCAUCAUCGGGAGUUGCCUAUGACAAUCAAGCUGGCUACGGCGGAUCUGUGGCUUCCAUGUCCCCGGCCAGUAGCACCUCUGGUAGCAGCUCGGCUGCCCACAGUCCCGUCCAGACGCAAGCCCAGCAGCCAGGAACCGGAAAUGAGUUCAUGAACUCCACCUACGGUGUGGGAUCGAGCAGCACUGCUUACCCAUCUACAGUUUCCGCAGCCUAUUCCAUGCCUCCGAAUGCUGCCACAUCCGCAGAGCAGCUCCGAUCGCAGUUUGCAUCAGCCGCCGCCUCAGGAUCGCACCACCCCUCCUCAUGGGAUAGCUACAACUUUGCUGGCUCCUUUUUCCCUCCCACAACUGCUGCAAGCAACCAUAUUGGCGCCUACCACCAUCAGGUCGAUCAGAAGAGCACCAUGAUGGCUACUGCUCCUGCCUAUCCCUACUUUGGAUUCUAAGUCGGUACCUCAUACCUUAAUACUAUCCAUAAGUCAAUUCGAAGCCCUUUAAGACUGUCCAAAAUAAUUUUAAAUCGUAUUUUAAGAAUAAUGUUCUUGUUAAAUAUAAGUUAGAAGAGCAACAAUCAAACAA